AUGGGCGUAGACCAGUCAGCGACGGCGCCCCCUUCUCUCUCCCCUGCUUGGUGGUGGACGGCAGCGGCGCGGUCGUGGGAGCUGGCCGUCGACGGGGAAGUCUUCGUGGAGGUGGCACCUCCUCCACUGUCUAUGCACCAUCCUUGGGCUCGGUACAGACUUCGCUCGGCCGCUACGAAGUCGCAGUCGCAGCCAACGCCGCCGGUCUCUCCUCCGCGCGCGGAGCGUGUUCCAAAACCUGAAGAUCAGAGCACCCCGAGCGGCACUUGCGGCAGGCCCGGUGUUGCCUGUUUGCAGCUGCUUACCAUAACUACGCAGCCUGUGCCUACUUACUCCAUACGCGGGGCGCACGCAUUGGCAGUUGGGUAUCUUUCAUGUGGCGUUCUCCCAAGCACCAGGAGGCCAUUGGGCUGCGCAACGGUUGCGGUCGGCGCCGAAUUGUUUGCACACUUGGCCUCCUACUGGCAUCAAGCGCACCUGGAUUUAAAUUUUAACUCCGUCUCGACAGGUGAUCCCGGUGCUACUAAUUCCACUGAUCCCUCUUUGACUAUAUCCAUUGGCUCUGUUUAUCCUCCAUUUUUAGGGUGUUCUUUUUCAGAUGAUGGCAGGUACCUUCUCUUCCAUGUCCUUUCGAUUGUCAUUUUGGUUGUGCCUAAACAAGUAAAGACUUGUUCAAUAGUGAGUGGGGGUUUCCAUUUUAUGUUCACUUCUCUUUCAUUGGUUUUUAUCUUACAAAUGGGGCUAUUAAUCCUAGGUGAGCACAUACACCAUAUAUUGUUGUUGUGUACUAUGUCAUAGUGUAAUAACAUUUGAUUACCAUGUAUGGGCAGACAUGUUUAUUCAGAAAGAUAAAUGAGGUGACAUACAAGAAAUUGGAUUUGAUAGAAUAACAAAGAGCAAACUCAAAAUUGUUUCUCCCCACACUUAUUGAGAAAUAUUGUUACCAGGUUCCAAAACAGUUGGUAGUAGAAUGGUAGGCCAUUGAGGCUGUGAAGUUGUGAAAGCACUUAAAGUUGAAUGUAGGAGGAUUGAUUCGGCACACCAACGGAGAAUAAAACUAAGUAAUUUCUCCGAGCAUGUAAUAUUGAGUGAUAAAAUUAAAAACAUGGUUAUGCCUCAGCUCUUUCUUUAACUAGAUUAUAGUCAUGGCCCUACUAAUUCUCGCCAUCUUCAAGUGUAAAUGCGUCAUAUCAAAAAGUUCAAUUUUCAAUGGGCGCUCUUAGUUUUCCAUACAUUGUCAAAAACGGAGAUAAAGUAUCAUAGUUCCUUAUACAAUGCAGCCAGGUGAUUUGCUCUGUCGGGUUCCUCCCUGGCCAGUCAACAGCGAGGAGGGGACCACCCAGGCUUCGUGUUCCCCCUUCAGCUAUUUGCGUUAAACGGUCUCCUCUUUUUUAGGCUACCCGUACUGCCCCCCUCUUCUGAUUUGCCUUCCUAGGUAUUUACUCUCUGUGUCAUCCUCAGCUGCCAAUCUUGCAAGGUGUCAUUGUAUGCCAAUAGGAACCCCUUCUAGAGGAUGAGGUAGAUCCUCCAUCGUGCACGACUUAUUUCCUUUCUUCUUACUGAAUCCCUAUUUUUUCGAUCUAAUCAUCAGCCUAUGCCUUGGCCUAGGUUGCUCCUUUCCCCAACAUCUAUUUUAAUUGACCAAUUUAUAUUUGAUUUUUCCAUUAUUGGAGCUGCAUUUGGUAACCAUUGUUCCUGUCCACCAU